AGGAUGGGCUCCCCUGCUGGCCACAGUGUCCCCGUCACUGCACUGGAGUAUUGGGAUCCACACAGACCACAGGAUGGGCUCCCCUGCUGGCCACGCCAACACCUCUUCCUGCAGCAACAACAGCUGUCCAGAAACAUUCUUGAUUUAAUUUAACCCACUUGGAAAUCAAUCAUUGCCUGUCUCUAAAACUGGCAAAGAAGAUUUUGUUUUUUUAAGAACAGGAAAUUCCUGGGACAUUGAACGUCUUUGAAGGCUUUGACCUACAAAUGGGUGGGUUCAGGCCAACUUUGUUCUUCCUAUUGAUUAGAUGAUUAACUGAACUUGAAGGCCAUAUAGUUUUAUUACAAGAAGAAUGGGAAGACUUUUAUAUGUUUAUUAGAGGUGGAGACAGAAAGAGAGUCUGCUGGGGUAAAAACAGCAGGCUGCAUUGGUGACUGAAGCAAACUCGACUGGAUUUAAGAACACUGAUGAAAAGUUUUACCAAUUUUUAAGAAGUUUUUAAGAAGGCCCUAGAAUAUCCAGGAAUGGGUGAAAUCACUGAAAUGGAAAUCAAACAACCUGUAGAAGAGGGAAAAGAAUGCCAGACGUCGCCAUUAAAUGAUGAUUCCUCAAACACUAAAAAGGGGAGUGAAAAAAAAGACGAAAUCAGCUUGGGUGUUGGAUAUUUUCAGCUGUUCCGUUUUGCGACAUGGAAGGACACGGCCAUAAUGGUAUUGGGGGGGCUGUGUGCCCUAAUCCACGGUGCUGCCUCCCCACUGAUGCUGCUGGUCUAUGGCUUGAUGACGGACACCUUUGUGGACUAUGAGCUGGAGGUCCAGGUGCUGGCAGAUCCCAAUAAGACCUGUACCAAUAACAUCAUCAACUGGCUCAAUGGCUCCAUUUUCCAACAGGCUGACAACACCACAGUGGCUUGUGGAGUAAACAUAGAGGCCCAGAUGACCAUGUUUGCCUAUUACUAUGUUGGCAUUGGAGUUGGAGUCUUCAUCCUUAGUUACUUUCAAAUUUCACUUUGGGUGCUGGCUGCAGCCCGUCAGGUACAGAAGAUUAGGAAGACGUACUUCCGAAAGAUCAUGCGCAUGGAAAUUGGCUGGUUUGACUGCACCUCCACUGGAGAGCUAAACACAAGAAUAUCAGAUGACAUCAACAAAAUUAACAAUGCCAUUGCAGACCAAGUGUCCAUCUUCAUUGAAAGGAUCUCCACCUUCAUCUUUGGCUUCAUGGUGGGCUUUAUCGGGGGCUGGAAGCUGACCCUCGUGGUCGUUGCUGUCAGUCCCCUAAUUGGGCUUGCAGCUGGGUUAAUGGCUAUGGCAGUUGCUAGGCUAACAGGCCGUGAGCUCCAGGCCUACGCUAAGGCAGGCGCAGUGGCGGACGAGGUGCUGUCGUCCAUCAGGACAGUGGCGGCCUUUGGGGGGGAAGCCAAGGAGGCAGAGAGGUACGACAGAAACCUUGUUGAGGCUCAGAACUGGGGCAUCAAAAAGGGGACGAUUGUUGGUGUGUUUCAGGGCUAUCUGUGGUGCAUCAUCUUCCUCUGCUACGCCUUGGCUUUCUGGUACGGCUCCAAGCUGGUCAUUGACACAAAGGAGCUGUCUCCCGGAAGCCUGAUCCAGGUGUUUUUCGGAAUCCUCAUGGCGGCCAUGAACCUGGGCCAGGCCUCACCAUGCCUGGAAGCUUUCGCCUCUGGGCGAGCUGCUGCUAAGACAAUUUUUGACACUAUUGACCGGGAACCAGAAAUCGAUUGCUUCUCAGAGGAGGGCCACAGGUUAGACAAAGUGAGAGGAGAUAUUGAAUUUCACGGUGUUACAUUCCAUUACCCCUCCCGGCCAGAGGUAAAGAUUUUAGACAAGCUGACCGUUCAUGUGAAGUACGGAGAGACCACUGCAUUUGUCGGGCCAAGUGGUUCUGGAAAAAGCACCGCAGUGCAGCUUAUUCAGAGAUUUUACAACCCAGGUGAAGGAAUGGUGACAUUGGACGGCCAUGACAUCCGGGGACUGAACAUCCAGUGGCUUCGAUCCCUGAUUGGGAUUGUGGAGCAGGAGCCCGUGCUGUUUGCCACGACCAUCGCUGAGAACAUCCGCUACGGCCGGCCGGGCGUCUCCAUGGAGGACAUCGUGAAAGCAGCCAAGGAGGCCAACGCCUACAACUUCAUCAUGGAUUUACCGCAGAAAUUCGAGACGCUGGUGGGAGAGGGCGGUGGUCAGAUGAGCGGUGGUCAGAAGCAGAGGAUCGCCAUCGCUCGAGCUCUGGUCCGAAACCCCAGGAUCCUGCUGCUGGACAUGGCUACAUCUGCCCUGGACAACGAGAGCGAGGCUGUGGUACAGGAGGCCCUGGAUAAAGCUCGGUUGGGUAGGACAACCAUCAGCAUUGCCCACCGGCUGUCCACCAUCCGGAAUGCCGACGUCAUCAUUGGGUUUGAACAUGGAAGAGCCGUUGAGAGAGGCACCCAUACUGAGCUUCUUGCGAAAAUGGGCAUCUACUACACCCUGGUCACGCUACAGAACCAGGGCAGUGAUGUGACCAGUGACAUGGUAAAGCAAACUCCUGACAAAGAAAGCAAAGAGGACCCAUGCAUUGAAAGAGUGGGCAGUUUCAGGAGGACAUCCUAUGAAUCUUCAUUAAGGGCAUCUCUACGUCUGAGAUCUGAAUCUCGCAUCUCCAGCGAGUUCAUUCCUGAUGCAAUACGAGAAACGGUCAAAGUCAAACCUGAUUUCAGCAACCACACGGAUCGUGAAACCGAAAAGAAAGAGGAUUCAGAGGAGCUUGUGGAAGCGGCGCCGGUGGCCCGGAUUCUGAAGUACAACCGACCUGAAUGGCCCUACAUGCUUCUGGGCUCACUGGGGGCAGGAGUGAAUGGAUCAGUCAAUCCCAUCUAUGCCAUUUUAUUCAGCCAGAUCCUAGGGGCAUUUUCCGUGACGGACCUGGAUCAGCAGAGGUCCCAGAUCAACGGCAUUUGCAUAUUGUUUAUCAUCGUAGCGGUCACAAGCUUCUUCUCCCAGUUUCUACAGGGCUACUCCUUUGGGAAAUCUGGGGAACUUCUGACACGAAGGCUGAGGAGGAUGGGAUUCCAGGCCAUGCUGAAGCAAGAGAUCGGCUGGUUCGACGACCCGAGAAACAGCCCUGGAGCUCUUACCACAAGGCUGGCGACGGAUGCUUCCAUGGUUCAAGGGGCCACUGGGUCACAGAUCGGAAUGAUUGUCAAUUCCCUGACUAGCAUUGGAGCGUCCCUUAUCAUAGCGUUCUACUUUAGCUGGAAGCUAAGCCUUCUGGUGGCCUGCUUUCUGCCACUUAUCGGGCUGUCAGGGGCUUUCCAGGCAAAAAUGCUGACAGGCUUCGCAAAUGAGGACAAGGAAGCCAUGGAGACUGCAGGGCGGGUUUCCAGUGAGGCGUUAGCUAACAUCAGGACCAUCGCAGGGCUGGCUAAGGAGAGCAUGUUUGUCGAUUUGUACGAGAGGCAACUGGAGGCCCCAUAUCGGGCUGCCAAAAAGAAGGCCAGAGUUUAUGGAAUCUGUUUCGCAUUUGCACAGUGUGUCAUAUUUAUGACAUAUGCGGCCUCCUUUCGAUAUGGUGGCUAUCUGGUCAACAAUGAAGGACUACAUUAUAUGUUAGUUUUCAGGGUGAUAUCUGCUGUAGUGAUCAGCGGCACAGCCCUGGGGAGGGCCUCCUCCUUCACCCCCGACUACGCCAAAGCCAAAGUUGCAGCCGCCCAGCUCUUCAAGCUGCUCGACAGAGUCCCACAAAUCAGCCAGGCUGGGGGACAGAAAUGGGAAGGAUUUAAAGGGGAGAUAGAGUUCGUCAACUGCAGAUUUACAUACCCUUCAAGGCCAGACAUCCAGGUGUUAAAUGGGCUUGUUGUGUCAGUGAAGCCAGGCCAGACCUUGGCUUUUGUCGGCAGCAGUGGUUGUGGCAAGAGCACCAGCAUCCAGCUGCUGGAGAGAUUCUAUGACCCGGAUGAUGGCAGAGUGUUGAUAGAUGGUUAUCCAACGGGGAAUAUCAGUGUGCCGUUCCUAAGAUCCCAGAUUGGUAUCGUCUCCCAAGAGCCCGUGCUAUUUGACUGUAGUAUAGGUGAAAACAUCCAGUAUGGAGACAACAGUCGAACAGUUGGCAUGGAUGAGGUCAUCGCUGCUGCACAGAAAGCCUAUUUGCAUGACUUUGUCAUGUCAUUGCCAGAUAGAUAUGAGACGCAGGUUGGUGCCCAGGGCUCCCAGCUGUCCCGGGGGCAGAAGCAGUGCAUCGCCAUCGCUCGGGCCAUUGUCAGAAACCCCAAGAUCUUGCUGCUGGAUGAGGCCACGUCUGCCCUGGAUACAGAGAGCGAGAAGGAGGUGCAGGCUGCUCUGGACGAAGCCAGACGGGGUCGCACCUGUAUGGUCAUAGCGCACAGGCUGUCCACCAUCCAAAACGCCGAUAUCAUAGCUGUCAUGUCCCAGGGGGUUGUGAUCGAGAAAGGCACGCAUGAAGAGCUGAUGGCCAAGAAGGCUGCGUAUUACAAACUGGUCACUACAGGGGCACCUAUUAGUUAAGACAGAAAUACAGUAGCAAUAUUUGAUAUUUAUUCAUUUUGUGAUUUUAUGUAUCAUAAAAAACAAAAAUAAAGUUUUGAUGCAGGGAUGCAAACUUUGGUGAGCUGGCUGGCGUGAGAUAUUCAAUUCGAGACAAGUUUCAGGGCUGCCAAUUUUCACGCAUCUGGCGGGACACUCACGCGUUCAGAUUGUCAAGACCAUGCAAGAAUUUUUAGGGUAAAUCUCUAUUAGGCCACUUAAAAUUAAUAAAUUGUUUUACAUGACUCAAACUUCUAAAAUAUUGGUGAGUAUAGGGGAUUUUAUAUUUUAUAUUUUUUAGUGAAAAGACGAUCGGCAACAGAGAUAUAGCCUACUAAAACUAGAAAAUUAAACUUUAAUUUGUCAGUAUCUCAACAUUUUAAACUCUCAACAGUUCAAACAAUUACAAGAAAAGAGAAACCUUCAAAACAAAUGCCUAGUCUAAGUGUUUAAUGGUCUUGCCACAGAAUGGCCCAAUAAAAGCGUCCUCCUGACAAUAACAAAACAACAGCACUUCCAUUGUUUCAAACAAUAGAAGUGCUGUUGUUU